CUUCGCUCGACCUCCACCCACGCGUUUUCUCUCUUGAGAUCGAUCUUCUUUUGUUUACCAUAUUGUUUUUUUUUUUUUUUUUUUCUUAUGACAAAUGUAUUACGGUUGAACAGAUCGUAUGAAAUAACAAAAAAUAUAUAUAUAACGCUACUGCAUACGUAAUUAGAUUUGCGAUUGAUUUAGGCGUCGUUCAUUGUUAUUCAAGUUUACAUGGUUGGUUAAUAAAACUUGGCAGUGCGACGAGUGCGGUAUUAUCGAAGCACUCAGCUGAUUCUGUAGACUAAAUUGGAACUCUGCUGGGGAUCCCCUAUUUUUCAGUCACAAGUAACAAACGCCGGUUCGCCGAAUACAUCUUCAAAACAAGCGUUCCUAAUUGAAUAACAGUCAUCGCUGCAUGCAAUGAGCAGAAAGCUCGAGUGCGCGCGUAAAUAAUCGUCUUGCCAGUUCAAGUGUCAGUCGGUCAGUCGGUAGCGUGCGUCGGAAAAAAAAAAAAAAAAAGAAAAAAGAAAAACAAGCGAGCGUGACUAAACAAAAGCGCUCGAACCUACUAUAGUAGGUGUACUGACGAGAGUGCCAACCGUAAACACUGGGAGCAGCGUGGGGAGUGAGAUAAUAGAUGAGCGCUUGCGCGCGCGUCAGUCCGUGUUUAGGUGAUCGCAGUGAAAAUAAACCAAGCGAAAAAUAAUAAGGUUAAGGUCGCGUGCCAGGUCGUUUGAGUGUUAUCGGAGGAGUGGUGUUAUCUAUUAGGUGUGCCAAUGCAAGUGUACACGUAUGAUUUGCGGAAACGGCUCGAAUGAGAGCGUAGCUGCUUGUAAUAAGCGUGAUUGUGAAAAUUGAAGUGAGUGACGUCGGAGAAGAAAAGGAGGGACAACCCCGUGAUUUCGGUUUUGCAGGAAAAGAGUUCUUUCGGAAGUGGAAAAACUGCUCCACAUCUACCAACGCAACGAGCAACAAACGAAAAGCCGGUGAACUCGAGAGAUUACGUGAUGUACAACUUUUACUAGCGGAGAACAAGCAACACCAAGCAUCAUCCGUCGGAAAAUGACAAGGUGACGACAGCGUGGUACGGCAACAAGCGAAAGUCUUCGUCAAUCCACGACGGGCAAGAUUACCACCAUCAGCAUCAGCAGCAGUUGUCCCAACUGGACAAGAUGGCCAAGGGCGCGGAGAGGCUGCCUGGAACUAAUACUCGCAUACGCACACGCGACGACGGCUGUUGCUCCGUCAACUUUCUCAAAUACGUCCUCCACAUUUAUAAUGUCGUACUAUUCUUAUCAGGCUUGGUCGUGGGUGGAAUCGGCAUUUGGACUGUGGUGGCGAAGCAUAGUUAUAUAUCGCUGAUGACAACCUCAACGUAUCCAAUUUUGGCAUAUGCACUUGUAGCUGCGGGUGGACUCGCUAUUAUAGGGAGCUGGCUAGGCUGCGGUGGUGUCACCUCAGAGAACAGAUGCGUUAUACUCGUGUACAUUUUCGUUGUCAUGAGUGUUUUCGUAUUGGAAGCUGGAGUUGGUGUUUUGGCUCGUCUAUACGAAGAACAGGUUGGGCCAGAGCUAAGAAUGAAUUUAAAUCGCACUUUCCUUGAUACUUAUUCCUUAAGGUCGAAAGAAACUGUUGCAAUUGAUCAAAUGCAGAAAGAAUUCAAAUGCUGCGGAGCUGUGAGAUUUGAGGACUGGUUACUAAGCGAAUGGUACAAGGACGAAGAAGUGCAAAAGAAUGGUAGCCUAGUACCGGACAGUUGCUGCAAGACACCUAGCUACCUAUGUGGAAAACGAGACCAUCCGUCAAACAUACAAUAUACAGGCUGCAUCUACAAGUUCAUCGAAACGACGAAGGAUCACCUGAUAAUCCUGGGCGCGAUCGGCCUCGGCCUGUGCGUCCUCGAAGUGUUCGGCAUCGUGCUCGGCUCCUGCCUCUACAUCAAGCUCAGGCACGACUUCGACGACUGAGAGCUGCUUUACGCCGAGGCGAACAACAACAGGCACUCCUGGUGCCGCUACCCUCAGGAGCCCGCCUGAUAGAACGCCAGGUAGUAGUGCGAUUCCUCUCGGUCCCUCUAGAUCACUCGCUCAUUCGGGGACUGAGAGCCAAAUGAAAUCGCGCUACUACUUUUGUUCACGUACGAAUAGGCAUACGUACAAGCGCAUGUAUGUGUAUACGUUUUUGCAAGAUUAGUUGAUUCUGGGUUGCUUUGUUUCGAUGGAUAACCCAGUGUCAACCGUAUUGACAAGUUUGUAAAAUUAUUUAUCUAUUUAUUGAACGAAUAUGCCAUCGAAGGUAAAAGUCACUAGUGGUUUCGAGAACAUUAUAAUUUGCUUGUAUUGAUUCGGUUUUAGUACGAGCAUUUUUUAGGUGUAAGACUGUAGUUUUAGAUGUGGCAAUGGUAUACGUAUUGCUCUCCUCUCCUAUAUUUUACAUGGCUUUGUCUUUUAUCAAAAAUCUAUUGAGGUUAACAUCGAAAGCAGCUUUUUUAGUUUCUUUGUAAAUAAUGUAGCAAAACUAUAUUUAUGGAUGUAUAUGAUUAGAGAAUAAAAAAUAUAUAUACGAAGAGACCAAAGUUUUUAAAAAACUUGAGAGUAUUUUCUUAAGCAAAUCAGUUCUACCGAACUUCUUACUAUACGUCUGGUGUAAGAAAAAUAUAUAAAAUCAUGAAUGAAAAUAAACUGCAUAAUGUUUAGCCGAAGAAGCAACAAAUCGAUACGAAUUAGUGUAAAAAAUAAUAUGUUUAUACUAAAGUAAAGGGUAAUUGUUCAACGUUAUUUUAGAAUUUGAAAAUAAAUAAAAUUACUUUUACCUUGUGAGAUCACAGCCUAUCAAACUGUACGAGGGUUUUUUUUAUAAUGAACCUGAUACUGCCUGGGGUAUGCUUCUUCAUUCUAAAGAUAUACGCUUUGUAACUGUUACGCAAGUUUAAAAAAAAUGUCAGUGAAAUUACAAAAAAAGAGUGUUUUAGUCGUAUACGAGACGUAACUAAAAAUUAAAACUGCCUAAUUUUUGUAAACAAACUUGUACUACCAUUUAUUUGCAUAACAAAGAGUUAUAAAAAUGUUGGUACUGACUAUGGAGUGGGCAAAGUUUGAAUACGAUUAAAAGCCAUUGAAUUGUCUAUGGAUGUCCGCACUAGUCAAUUAGAUUUAGCGAAGAAAAAUGAUUACUAGAAAAUCAGCACAACAGAAACAUAAAUUUUAAAAAGUUUCCUUAUUUUUUGAAAACUGCUCUGAUUUUUUUAUGUACACUAUGGACUAAUUUCUGUGAAAAAUAUGAAUAACUGAACUAUGAUUCCUACUUCAAUGGAUCGACGUGAAAAAUAGAUACGGAACCGUUACCUUUGCCAGUACCUUUUUUAUAUUUGAUACUAACAUAAUCAUGUACAAAGAGUAAAGCAUUUUUGACAAAUGCUCGAUUUUAAUGUAUGCAUGUAAAAAUUUUCCAUGUCAAAAUUUAACGACAGCGUGUAAUAAGCUAUAAAAAAAAAACUGCACACAGUGCCUUGGAAAAUUAUGCGAAUUAUUAUUCUAGCACAUUUAUUUAGUUGUAGUCUACGAGUCAAUGUCCAAUUAAUGGCAGAUGCGAGAGAAAAAAUCAAAAAUACUUUUAUCCGAUCAAUUUUAUUGUCAUUUGAAUUCAAAUGUUAAAGUACUCCAAUAAUUAUUUCAAGUUCCAUCACCGUUUUUGUAGUAAUACGAAAUCAUGAAAUUUUGAUAAUUAAUCGAUAAGAAUUUUCAAAGCUUUUGUAUUAAAUUUUUAUGAAACAAUUAUGUAAAUUGCUACGAGUAGUUCGGCGUGCCUAAUAAAUCCUAUGAGAAAGUU